AUGCAGUAUCAUCCAGGAAUAUUAAGACAGAGAGGACAUGGUUGGACUUAUCAUAAAGGUUUAUUACGACAAAAAGGACUUGGGCUUGGUCUUUUAGCUCCGGUGUUAAAAUUAGCAGCUCCAGUAGUCAGUAAUCUAUUAGGUGGAAUAUUAGGAGGGGGUCAACAGCAACCACCCCCACCCCCACCAGCUUAUUAUUAUCCACCCCCCAAAAACUAUCAAAGAGGGGAAGGAUUUUUUACGGAUUUACUGAAAACGGGAGCUAAACAUGCCUUGACCGCUGCUGCUAGAACGGGGUUAGAUGUGUUAGAAAAUAAGAGAUCUUUAAAAGAUGCUAUCAAAACUCACGGAAUACAAGCCCUGAAAAAUACGUCGGGAAUGGUGAAACAAAGAAUGAAUCUAGGAGAUAUCCCUCCCACUAAUAUUGCUUUAGAAGAAUCCAAAUGGGAAGAAUAUUACCCUAUUUCUAGUACUUUAGAUUCAGAGACAGCUCCGAUCGAAUUUGAAAUUAAAGGACAAGGAGAUCAAUAUCUAGAUUUAUCUCAAACUUAUCUUCAAAUGGUAUGUCAAUUUGUCCAAAAUGAUGGAAGUGAUCUGGGUGGAGAUCCUGCUAAAACAGCCCCAGUGAAUAAUAUCUUACAUUCCUUGUUUACGGAAAUUGAUGUUAAUAUCAAUGGAAAAAUAAUCACUCCAGGGACCGAUACUUAUCCUUACAAAGCUUAUCCGGAGAAAUUACUGUCUUACAAACCCAGAACUUUAGCCACACAAAUGAAAGCUUGUAGUCUAUGGGAAAAAGAUACAGCAGGACAUAUGGACGAAAGAGGGCUAGCAGCUCUGGGAGUGGCUGCUAAUCAGACCUUUGCUGUAGCUGCUGAUGCUUGUACCAUUAACAAACCCAUCAUCCCAGCGUACCCAGCCAAUUCUAAAAACGAAGGAUACAGAAAACGUCAUGAAGCUAUAGAUGGUAGUAAGAAAAUUACUUUGUUGGAUCGUUUACAUCUGGAUUUGUUUCAACAAGAUCGAUUUCUACCGAAUGGAGUUGACGUCCGUUUGAGAUUUAAUCGAGCUAGACCUGAUUUCUACAUGAUGACGGCUCAAGCCAAUACGGGAAAAGUCAAAAUAUUAAGUAUGGUCUUGUGGGUGAGAAAAGUGAAACCUUCCCCUACUUUAAUGAAUCACAUCAAUCAAACUUUGAAUACUCACAGACCCAAAUAUCCAUUAAGAAGAGUCGAAGUCAAAAGUUUUACCAUACCUACAGGAACUCAAUCUAAGAUUACCGAUCAUCUGUUUCAAGGCCAGAUGCCAAAAAGGCUCAUUUUAGGGUUUGUGGAGAAUGCAGCUUUUAAUGGAGAUAAAACUAAAAAUCCCUUUAAUUUUCAAAAUUUUGGGAUUAAAAAAUUAGAUGUUAGUAUCAAUGGAGAGACCAUGAUGACUCGUUGUUUCGAACCUAAUUUUAAUGAAGAUUUAUAUCUGAGAUCUUAUCUGAGUUUAUAUCAAGCUUUGGGAAAAUUAGGAGAAGAUUGGGCUCCGGACAUCACCUUAGAAGAGUAUAAAAACGGAUACACUUUAUGGGGCUGGGAUUUCACUAAAGAUCAAGAAGCCCAAUCGGAUAAAUUCCAUCUCAUAGAAACAGGAAAUUUAAGAGUAGAAGUCCAAUUUACGAACAACACGGCCACCACUUUAAAUUGUGUGGUGUAUGCAGAAUUUGAUAACCUCUUAGAAAUCAACAAACAGAGAGAAGUGAGCAUUGAUUAUUAA